AAUAAAACUUCCAUUAUUCUCUUCCUACAUUCAUAUUUUCAAGUUAUGGAUAUUCUUAUCAAACCAACGCUAAAGUUGUUUAUUUCAUUUGCUAUUUUGAUGGUUCAGUAUGGCAAUGCAGAACGAGUUCCUGCGCUUUUUGUGUUUGGAGACUCGCUGGUUGAUGUGGGCAACAACAAUUUCCUUAACUCAAUUGCCAAGUCUAAUUAUUUCCCUUAUGGUAUUGAUUUCAAUAUGCAGCCUACUGGAAGAUUUUGUAAUGGAAAAACCUUUGUUGACAUUAUCGGAGAGAUGCUGGGCGUCCCUUAUCCUUCGCCCUUUGCUGAUCCCUACACUGCAGGAGUUAAACUACUAGGAGGAGUGAACUAUGCUUCAGCGGCCGCUGGAAUCCUUGACGAGAGUGGCCAACAUUAUGGUGAACGGUAUAGCCUAAGACAACAAGUAUUGAAUUUCGAAACCACGUUGGAUCAACUACGAACAAUGAUGGGGCGUGAUAAUUUGACGAGUUUCCUUGCCAAAUCCAUAGCAAUUUUGGUGUUUGGGAGCAAUGAUUACAUCAACAAUUACCUCAUGCCUUCUAUCUACGCUUCAAGCUUCAAUUACAAUCCUACACAAUUUAGCAACUUGCUUCUCAACCGCUAUGCCCCCCAACUUCUGACCUUAUACAAUUUAGGAAUAAGGAAAAUGUUUAUAGCUGGAAUUGGACCGCUUGGUUGCAUCCCUAACCAAAGAGCCACAGGACAGGCAGCGCCGGGAAGAUGCGUAGAUUACGUUAAUGAUAUAUUGGGCACUUUCAACCAAGGCUUAAAAUCAUUGGUAGAUCAACUAAAUAAGCGUCCUGGAGCAAUCGUUACAUAUGGCAAUACUUAUGGUGCCGUGGGUGACAUCCUAAAUAAUCCUUCCACUUACGGAUUCAACGUGGUUGACAAGGGAUGCUGUGGAAUAGGGAGGAACCAAGGGCAAAUAACAUGUCUACCAUUUGCAUAUCCUUGUACAAACAGAGACCAAUACGUGUUUUGGGAUGCUUUCCAUCCUACACAAGCUGCUAAUGUUAUUCUAGCUCGUCGUGCUUUCUAUGGGCCACCUCUGGAUACGUAUCCCCUAAACAUCCAACAAAUGACUCUUAUCCAUUGAUCUUUCUCUAUUUUUUUUUCUUUAAUAAAACUAUUAUAUAUAUACUAGAAGAAGAUUCUGGCUUUGUCGCGGGUAAACAAAUUCUUUCAUUGCGACCCGGGUUUAAGGUGAUCAUGGCAUGAAUGCUAUAUAAGAUUCUGUAAACAACAAUAUUUUCUUGAUUUUUAGUAGCAUGAAGCAAUGAUAGAUUCCCCCAAUGAUAUGUUGAAUACA